AUGUUUUCACCAAUCAAAUAUUAUGCAAUAGACUAUUUAUAUGAGAAUGUAGUUAGAAAGAGGUUUUGCAGAGAUGCUUUAUUGCUCCAAAUCCCUUCUUGUUUACAUCAAGAUAAAAAUUAUCAUGCAGGAGUUACUGAUGAUGAAUUUAGGAGGCCAUGGACAAGAGCCUCAGCUCUUUCAGUUUGGGGAAUGACAGAUACUUCAGUCUUGGAUCAAUGGGAAGCAAGUUUCUUUGUGGAGGAUUUCCUUGAAAAGAGAACAAUUACAGGAAUCCCAACCCUGGUUAAUUGUGAACUUGAAGAAGUUGUUCCAAGUUCAAACCCGAAUUCCCAGACUGAUGUAGAGGAAGCCGAUUUACAUACCCAUGAAGAUUACAGCGAAGUUUUUACACUUGUCAGCUGUUCAGAAAAAUAUCCAGCACUUCAAACACAGAACGAAGAUUUUUUAAUUGAUGAUGAAGAAAUACUUUUUGUAAAUAAUUUGAUGGACUAUAGAAGUCAUUUACCAACUUCGAAUACUCUCUCGAGUAGGCUAAAACUACAUUUGGUAAAGGAUCCCUUUUUAGAUUUGAAAGGACAGAUCCUCACAAAAGCUGAUUUUUUCAGGGAAUGCAUACCUUUUCAAGAGAAUUUGGAAGUUAAUGAGAAAGAAGAUUUUUCCAUGGAUAAAGAGAACUUUUGUCAGGAGAAACUAGAGGAUACAGUAGGUUAAAAUGAACCAUCAGUUUUGCCUCUUGAGUGUGACUUCUUAAUAUCUACAAGCCCCAAACAAGAGACAGAUAUUCCAUCAUUCUCAGGAGUGAAGGAGUCAUUAAACUUAAUGCCAGAAAUAAUAAAUUAUGUAGAUGAAAAUGAAGAGCUUUUAAAAAAAGAUCUUGCUACCAAGUAUACAAUUGACGUUGAGCGUAUAAAAUGCCGCUCCACAGAGAUUUUGACAUUUCAAAGCCCAUGCGAACCAGAGUGUAGCGAACCAGGAAAUUUAGAAAUGCCAUUAACUCAUCUACAUAUAACAAGCCAACGCUCUUCAGUGAAUUCAUUAUGUGCAGGGCUUCAGACAUUUCCAUUUUCUCCUGUUUGCAAAAUUACUUUGCUUAGCACUGAAGAAUCAGCUAAAAAAUACUGGAUGGUAUGGCAAUUAGAAAGCUGCGAAAGUGUUUUGAAACCAUUUUUGCUUACAGUACCAAGAACUCAAGAGCCCAACAGUCAACAUUCAAUUGCACGUUUAGAAAAGAUGUCUUCUACUGAAGAAGAAAGGCUUGUGAUUAGUCUGUUGAGGGCAGAGUGGUGGAAACAAGCAGGGCUAAAUCUGAUGACAGAAACUUUGGAACUUCUAAAUAUGGAUUUGUGUCACAAUUAUCUGUCUUCUGACAAUACUAAAAAGGAGAUGUUUCUGCCUACAAAAUUGCUUGCGUUAGAAUCGUGGCUAGAAAAUAAAAGUUGUUCUUCACCUAUUAUAUGUAUUAAUGAGAAAUCUGCAAAUGGUCAUUUAUCACUGCCACAGAGGAGUUCAUCUCUGGCAAAAGAAGUACCAGCUCUGUGUUUUCCUGACAAAUGUAUCUCUGUUAAAAGACCAACAAAAGAAGAAAAACCAAAGAAUGAUCCAGAGCUAGAUUAUAGAAUAAUCCAAAAGAAAGAAAAUAAAGAUGACUUUGAACUUGAUUGCACAGUACCAUCUACUGAAUCAUGCUCUUCUUCAAGAGUUGAAAAAGCAUCAUUUGAACCUGGUGAAAAACAAGGGAAUGAUUUGGAUCUUUUGAGCGACUUUAUUAUGCUGCGAAAGAAAUAUAAGACUUCCACCUCAAAGACAGAAGUUACAAAUAGUGAUGAAAAAGAUGAUAAAGAGGAACAUUCUUUGACUCCUCAAGAAGAAAGUGCUACUGCCCUAGAGAAAAUAAAUCAGAAAAGAGGAGCAGAUAAUGUAAUUGAAAUUCAAGCAUCAGAUAGCCAGCGCCAAGCAUACUGUUUCCUAGAAGCAGCAGCUACUCCUAUCUUGAAAAAGCUUGUAUGCCUCUGUACUCUCCCUGCCGCUACUUGGAAAUUUGCCACUAUUAUCUUUGACCAAUCAAGGUUUCUCUUAAAGGAACAAGAAAAAGUAAUAAAUGAUACUAUUCACCAAGGUACAAAUGAUGAAAGAGAAAUGACGUUCAAGCACGCUGCUCUCUUACACCUUCUGGUAACAACUAGAGAUGUCCUUUUAACGUGUAGCUUGGACACGGCAUUGGGAUAUUUGUCAAAUGCAAAAGAAGUCUACAAGAGCAUUUUGGGCUCCUAUUUGGAUGACAUUUGGAGACAGCUGGAGAUUUUACAUUUUACUAGAAAAAAAAAUCCUGAAACCAACCACAAGAUACAAGAAUUGCAAUGUCAGAUUCUAAGUUGGAUGCAAGUUCAACAGCAAUUUAAGGUGCUGAUUAUAAUAAGAAUGGACUCAGAUGGUGAAAAACAUUUACUCAUUAAAAUGCUUAACAAAAUAGAAGGUUUAACAGUGACAGUCCUAUAUUCAAAUGAAAGAAAAGAUUCCCUGGGAUCUAAAGGUGUUUUAAAUGGUACCUGUUCCUGUGUAGUUGUACACAAUCAAUAUGUUGGAGCAGAUUUCCCCUGGAAUAGUUUCUCAUUUGUGGUGGAAUACAAUUAUGCAGAGAACUCCUGUUGGACAAGGCACUGUGAGAAGCUGAAUAUUCCUUACAUGGCCUUUAAAACAAUUCUUCCAGACACAGUUUUAAAGAGAAGCACCUCGCUGGAUAGAUUUAGUGGUUUUCUUCUGGAAAUUCAGAUUCCAUAUGUGUUUUUUGCAUCUGAAGGACUUCUUAAUACUCCAGAAAUUCUUCAGCUGCUAGAAUCCAACUAUAAUAUCACACUAGUGGAGAGAAGCUGCAGUGAGUCACUGAAACUCUUUGGAGGUAUAGAACAUUAUGUAGUGGUGACAAUUGAUGAACACACUGCCAUAAUUUUGCAGGAUCUAGAAGAACUGAAUUGUGAGAAGGCAUCAGACAAUAUCAUCAUGAGACUGAUGGCAUUAUCAUUCCAGUAUAGCCGUUGUUGGAUAAUUUUAUAUUUGAAAAAAACGUUAAAUUCAGAGUAUCAUCUUACAGAAAAGACACUUCAUCACCUAGCACUGAUUUAUGCAGCUUUGGUUUCAAAUGGCCUAAAAUCUGAAGAACUGGAUGUAAAGCUUAUAAUUGCACCAGGAAUAAGAGAGACUGCAUUGAUAAUUCGACAAGUUGCAGACCACAGUUUAAUGACCUCCAAGAGAGAUCCUCAUGAAUGGCUGGAUAAAUCCUGGCUCGGAGUUUCACCUUCUAAGGAAGAAAUGUACUUACUUGAUUUUCCAUGUAUUAAUCCAUUGGUGGCUCAGCUGAUGUUAAGUAAAGGACCUUCAUUGCAUUGGAUAUUAUUAGCAGCUUUUUGUCAACUUCAGGAUCUCCUACCUGAAGUUCCAGAUAAAGUGUUAAAGCAUUUUUGUGGCAUCACUUCCUUAUUCCAGAUUAAUUCUUCUUCCGUCACAAAAUCACCUCAAAUUUCAUCACCUCCAGAAAAGAGCAAUCGGACUAGUACUUUCAUUUCUCAGAAUUCAGCUUCUGGUUCUUCAAACUCAGUCAUUCAAGAACAUAAUGAAUCUUACCAAUAUUCAGACCUAGGAGAGACAGUAAAGGAAGACACAAAUACUAUUUCUAAUUAUAGCUCUUCCCUUAUGGGACUAAGGGGAAUGCCACGCAUUUUACCAUCUGUGCAUUCUUACAGUCAGACUAGCUACCGGAGUGACUCUAGUUGUAACCGAAACACAGUACAGAAUAGUUCUUUUCUAAUUAAUACAGAAUCAAGAAAAGCGACUUGUCAUUCCUUUCUAAACCAGAAUGAUUCAGAGUCAGAUGUCUUUGGUCUGGGUCUAACACAAAGGAAUUGUGAAACCAGAAUACCACCAACUUGUACUCGUAAGAGAGUUGCCCCUAAUUUUAUAAAUUAUCAGAAAAAGGAAACACAUGAAGCAAAAGCAUCCAAAAAUAAAGAAGUUUCUUCUCCUAUGUAUUCACUAGAGGGCUCUCAAGCUCCUGUUCCUUGGAACUUUAAGAAAAACGUACGGGAACGGAAUCACGCAUUCAACUUACAAUAUGGUGCACGUGACAAAUGGUACUCUCAGAAAGGUAAUUUAUUCACUAGUCAGCAAAAAUAUUCAUUGGAUGAGUUAGAAGACUUCACAUAUGAAAGUUCAAAUGCUGGUACUAAAAAGACUUUCUGGAGAGAAUUACCAUCUGCCCCCAAUUUGGAUUUAUUUUGUUCUUCUGAUUCUAAUGUAAAUCAAAAGGAAUUUGACAGCCUAUAUUUCUGCCAAAGAGCUGGAAGAUGUUUAGGACAGAAGAGGUACCCUGAAGCUUCAUCCAAUGCAGGAGACAAGGAAACAUCAACAGGUUUCAUGUACUCACAAGUACCACAAUUCAAAAAACGACGUCUAGUGUAUGAAAAAGUCCCUGGUAGACUGGAUGGACAAACUCGUCUGAGGUUUUUUUGAAAGAGGGAAGGAACAGUGCUUACACGCCCUAUUCUACUGCUUUUAAUGACAACCCAGUACAAAAGCUAUUUAGAUUUGCUCAUACAUUAAAGAAAGUGCAAUUAUUUUUAGAUAUUCUGAGUGUUCUGUAUUAAGUUUUUAUAUGUACUGUGCCCCAGAGUUUGUAUUCU